AUGCCUCUAUAUGCAAAAUUUCUCAAAGAGCUCAUCAAUAAGAAAAGGAGCUGGAAUAAGAAAGAGACAGUGAUCCUAACCCAGGAAUGCAGUGCUGUCAUCCAAAGAGGUCUUCCUCCAAAGCUCAAAGAUCCAGGAGGCUUCAUCUUAUCCUGCACUAUAGGCAACAGAAAAUUGGACAAAGCUCUCUGUUACUUAGGAGCCAGCAUCAAUUUAAUGCCCCUCUCACUAAUGAAGAAGCUUGCAAUAGAGGAAGUCAAGCCUAACAGGAUGUCACUCCAAAUGGCUGACAGAUCACUCAAGAUACCAAAUUGGGUUGUGGAAAAUUUAUUAGCGAAGAUUGGAGAAUUCAUUUUCCUUGCUGACUUUGUUAUCCUAGAGGGACACAGUUUAAUCAUAUUGGGACGGCCUUUCUUAGCAACAGCAAGAGCCAUCAUUGAUGUGGAGAAAGGGGAGAUGACCCUCAGGGUGCAUGAUGAAAAGAUGAUCAUCAAUGUCUUCAAGGCCAUGCAAUAUCCUCUAGAGAAGGAAAAGCAUAUGAGAGUGGAAACGAUAGAUGAAGUGGAGGAGGAGCUACUGGAAGAUGACAACCAGGAAGAACAAGAAGUGAAAAUAGAGGUGGAACAAGAUUUCAUAGGAGAGGAAGUGGUAGAGUUCUCCUUAAAAUGCAAGGCAGAUGAGAAGAUAAAACAAGAGUUAAAGCCUCUCCCUCCUUAUCUCAAGUAUCUAUUUCUUGGAGAAGCAGAGGCCCUGUCAGUGAUCAUAAACUCCUCAUUGAACAUAGAAGAAGAAACAAAUCUGAUUGAAGUGUUGAAAGCUCACAAGACAGCCUUGGGUUGGACGAUUGACGAUAUCAAGGGCAUAAGCCCUGCCAUCUAUCUAGUCUCGGCAGCCGGUGUCUCUUACAGAGCUGGGGACACUAAAGCCAUGAUUCCACGAGAUGAUCAGAUCGUCCCUAAUGGCAAAUAUAUCAGACCUCCAGUAGUCACUGCUAGCCGGCCUGCAGAACCAGCCAAAGACAUUCCUACUCCUUCCACAUCACAAUCACCUUCAACAAACCAAUUGCUUCAUCAGAUAAUUGAGAGGCUAGACCGGCUUGACCGAAAAGGAAAGUAA